AUGGUCGCGUCGGGUCCGGCUCCACCGACGGCGACUCUGCGUCCGUAUCUGAAUGCAGUACGUGCUACUCUGCAGGCAGCUCUGUGUCUGGAGAACUUCUCCUCACAGGUGGUCGAACGUCACAACAAGCCAGAGGUUGAAGUCCGGAGCAGUAAGGAGUUAUUGCUUCAGCCUGUUGUGAUAAGCAGAAAUGAUAAAGAGAAGGUCCUUAUAGAGAGUUCGAUCAACUCAGUGCGUGUCAGCAUUGCAGUAAAGCAGGCUGAUGAGAUUGAGAAAAUUCUAUGCCACAAAUUCAUGCGCUUUAUGAUGAUGAGAGCAGAGAACUUUUUUAUUCUCCGAAGAAAACCUGUAGAGGGCUACGAUAUUAGUUUCCUUAUUACAAACUUCCACACAGAGCAGAUGUAUAAACACAAGUUGGUGGAUUUUGUCAUUAAUUUCAUGGAGGAGAUCGAUAAGGAAAUCAGCGAGAUGAAGCUUUCAGUCAAUGCAAGGGCACGAAUAGUUGCUGAAGAGUUCCUUAAGAAUUUUUGAGGAAGCACCUGGUGUCCCUCUGCAAAUCACAACACUCACUUCACCCUGAACAGCAGAAGCGGGUGUGGAAGUUCUGAACCCACAGAGACAAGUUAGCAGCAGAGUGAGAAAGAGGACAUCUCUUGCUACCAAAAAAAUGGACCAAAUGGAUCAAUGUGUGCACUCCUCUACAGGACUGAAUCAAAAGUAUUGCAGGGACAGUAACCAAGGGCACUGAUAAAAAUUAAAUGGGGCACUCUAAUACUCUCUGUACGGUUUAGCACUGAAUAUUUACAUCGAUUAGGCAUAACAUUAUGACCACCUUCCUAAUAUUGUGUUGGUCCCCAUUUUGCUGCCAAAACAGCCCUGACCUGUCAAGGCAUGGAGUCUGACACCUUUCUAUCAGAACCAGCAUUAACUUCUUCAGCAAUUUGAGCUACAGUAGCUCCUCUGUUGGAUCGGACCACACAGGCCAGCAUUUGCUCCCCAUGUGCAUCAAUGAGCCUUGGCCGCCCAUGACCCUGUCGCUGGUUUACCAUUGUUCCUUCCUUGGACCACUUUUGAUAUAUACUGACCACUGCAGAUCUGUAACACUCCACAAGAGUUUUGGAGAUGCUCUGACCCACUCGUCUAGUCAUCACAAUUUGGCUCUUGUCAAACUCGCUCAAAUCCUUACCCAUUUUUCCUGCUUCUUACACAUCAACUUUGAGGAUAAAAUGUUCACUUGCUGCCUAAUAUAUCCCACCCACUAACAGGUGCCAUGAUGAAGAGAUAGUGUUACUUACUUCACCUGUCAGUGGUCAUAAUGUUAUGCCUGGCCGGUGUAUUUUAUACCUGCUAAACCUUAUCUUUGUUCAUUCUAAUUUGGUAAAUCUUCUCUGAUAUUAGGGAAAACUUUACUAUCCUGCAGUUUUCCCCCUUUAUUUUUUAACUCUAGUUGUUUGCUCACUUUUUGCAGUAUUUAUUUUUGCAUUACUUUCUAUUUGCAUUUCACUAUGCUCAUAAGUAUUAAUAAAUAUAUGCAUUAACAUUAGGCAUAAAUCAAUUUAACUGUUGCAAUUGAAAAUCUUUAAACAAACGACCAGAGUAGGGCUUUGUAGUGUAAUCUGUAGUCACAACUGUAAAAAGAAAAAAUAGUGGGGAUAUUUUAAUAAUGUAUAUAGUUUGUGUUUUUAUUUUUUAAAAUAUAUGUAUAACGUUUGCAUAGUGACAUUUUAUGUAUGGCUUUUAAAAUAGACCACCACACUGUUGAACAUGUACCAUACAGAUCCUUUUUAUGCAACAAAUUAAUUUCCUUGUAAUUUCUUUGAAUCUGCAGCUUUGUAUGGUUGUUGUUGACUAAAAUGCUUGUUUUUGCAAUUAGUUUCAGUGUAAUUAGCACAACUCUACCUCUUUUUGGUAAAUGACACAUUGCAAUAACACUGUAUAUUUGUGAUAUUUAUGAUGUCUCCUAAGGGGCACAACAGGAAAGUGUUCAACUUAGCAUCUUUGGUCAGAGUCCCUUUUGUAUGGCAAUUAAUCCUGUUAAUCUAGCUAAUUAUAUGCAUCUGUGAGUAUAGGAUUCAUGGUGAAAGAAUUUUAAUUAACCAUUGACUUUUCGUGGUCCACAGCAACAAUUCAAAUUACACCCCCCCCCCUCCCGUUUUUAUUUAAAUCAUUCAGGAUUUGUUUAUCUUGUUUUUAAUAUUUUUUGAUAAAUGUGAUCUUUGUAUUUUUCAUGGCUGACCUGCUUUCUUACAGUAAUAAUAAAAGCAUUUUCAACAGACUUAAAAUGCAUUACAACAAAAUCAGAAGCCCUGCAAAUAUUGUGAAACACAUACGUGAAAGUAACCUUUGCAAUUUGUGUGCCUAUGUUUUGCAAAGUUUUGACACCCUACCAGGUCAUUGGCACUGCUUAUUUUAGUAUUUUACCUGUCACCUUUCACUUGAAUAAAGUAUAUUAAAUUAUGA